UUCUCUCUCCUCUGUUCUUGUCCGCUUUGGAGCGCCGGGUUUCGAAGCCGUGGAAACCACGGGAUCUCCGCCAUUGCCGACCUCGCGCGAUCUCCAUGGCGUCCUUGUUCUCAUUCCUUCGCCGCUACAGCGUUCCCUUGGUCCUCUUCGUCCUCGGCCUCUUCUUCCAGCUCAUCCUCCUCCCCUCCUCCUACCCUCGUUCUCGCUACGAAGUGCUUGGCGUCCGUCAUCUCGCGACCAUCGAGGAAGUCACCGAAGCCUACGAGAAGAUCUCGCUCAAGUGGGCCUCUGGUGCAAAUCCAACCACCGCAGAAUUUGUAGAUGUUCGUUACGCAUUUGAAUUAUUGACCAAUCCAACAUGGAAGAGAGACUAUGAUCUUUAUGGGGUUGAUGAGCAAUUGGAUGUUAUUGAAAAAAUUAAAGCACAAUAUGAUGGGCAGUCUUUCUCGAAUAUUAAGCUUCCUUUACUUGAUGCUGCUAUUUUUGGUCAGUUUGAGGGUUCUGCUGAUCAUGCUUUUAAUCCGCUUACUCCUAAGGAGUUUGCUUCCCUUAUUGGUGGCACAAAAGCAGUGCUAAUACAAGUAUUUUCAUCUGGAAGUCAUCGAUGUGCCAAAUUUUUGAAUAGUUGGAAAAGGAUCGGUAGUAUGCUGGAUGGCGUUGUUGAUGUUGGUAUGCUUGAAGUUGGUGAAGUUCAGGUUGUGCCUUUCAUGGCAGAAACGAAGUUCAAUCGACCAUUUUUUCGCAAUGGUUUACCUGAUCUUGUUGCAUUUCCUCCUUAUUGCAAAAGCUUUGAUUGUUUAGUAAGGUACCAAGGAGAUCUUUCAACAGAUGCAGUUGUUGAUUGGAUAGCAACAAGCAUUCUUGGAUUACCUCGUAUUCCUUAUUAUUCAAGGGAUACUCUGGGUCCCAACUUCAUUGGAAAGACUGCUUUACAUAAGGUGAAAGUCAUUGGCUUCUCAAAAACAGGGGAGCGAGCUCCUCCAUUCAUGCGCCAGGCUGUUAGGGACUAUCAAGCGUAUGCAUCUUUUGCAUUUGUUUUAUGGAGAGAAGAGGAAUCUUCCCUAUGGUGGAACACGUUUGGUGUGGAUACUGCUCCUGCUCUUGUAUUUCUGAAGGACCCUGGCCUGGAACCAACUAUUUAUCAAGGAAACUUAAACAGUUCUUAUUUCGAAAAAUUGAUGGAAGAAAAUAAAUAUUUUGUGCUCCCCCAACUAAGGAGCUUAACUUCUAUGGAGUUAGGUUGUGAUGCAAGGGGUUAUUCCAGAGGGGGAAAUAAUUUGGUUAGCUGGUACUGUGUAAUUCUUGUUGGACGGCCAAGUUUGGAACUAAAUAAAAUGCGUGAAACUAUUCGCAGGGCCCUAAAUCUAUUGGCUCAUGAUUUUGAUCCAGAGCGUGCGGAAAAAAUUUCUGUCCCAGCACCAGCUAUUGAUGCAUUAAAGGAGAAAAGGUUGACAUUUGUAUGGCUUGAUGGAGAGCUUCAAAAGGAUUACUGUUUAUUUUACCUUCAUUCUGAUACUAUUUAUGAAACUUGUGGACCAAGGAGGGAUCUAGCCAAUGUGCCUCGCUUAUUUAUUGUCCGGUACAAAAGAACCUCAAAAGUGGAUGACCUGAAUAGUGUGAAAAACCCAAAAAAGAAAAAUAUCUGGAAAACAUUUCAUGAGGAGGAUGAGAAUAAAGCAUCCCAGCUUGUGGCGAAGUACAAUGGCACAGAGGAUCUUCAAGAGAUCAUUUCAUGGAUCUCACAAAUAAUUGAGGAUGGCGAUACCAGAAAUCUUCCUGAUUUUACGGUGUCAACACCUGAACUCCUUCCUGAGGAAGGAGAUCGAACCUGGUCAAAGGGUACCCAAAACAUUGUCUCCUCUAGCAAGGGAAUUGUUCAAAAGUUUCAAAAUGCUAUAAUGAAUAUUCCUGAUUACAUGACGGAUCCUAGAGUUGGCCCAUUUAUGCUGCUGUGUGCAUGCUUAUCAUUUGGAGCCAUUUGGUUUCAAAGCAGCUCAAGUCCUCAAAAAAUAAGUCCUUCUGAAGAGGCUGUAGGAAAAGAGAAGCCAAGAAAUCACAGAAGACGAAGAGAAGCAACCUCAAACCAAGAGCGGCCCCCCUCGAUCACUGAUACAGAACCUCGAGAUGCAUAUCAGUGGUCAGCAUCAGAUACUAACUCGGAGUAGUUUGAUUCUGAUAUGGAAUUGCAGAGCCUUAAUUAGUCACCACUGACGCUAUCAGUAGUUUCUGAUAUCUAUUUAACUAUUUUGGGUGUUUGAUAAUUUAUUUUACAAUUUUCUUUUAAGUUGUAUGAUUGUUGUUUCGUACCAUCAUACAACUCAAGAUUUGUGGAUUCAGGUUACUUUAGAUUAUUUGUGUUAUGAGUGCCAAACCCACUUGACUACUUGAGAUCACAUGUGAAGUGCUUCUCUUUUUCUGUUUAUGAAUACUUUGCACCUUUUUUCA